AGCAAAUUUAGUAGUCAAGUGCAGACGGUUGACUUGUUUGCCCAUUUGUGCCAUAGCGCCGCUAAUAUACAAAUAGUUUCGCCCCAGACGCCGAUCGUGCCAGACAAACAACUUCAACUGCUAAAAUAAUAUUCGUGUCAUUUUGUGUGAAACGGAAUACAAGUGAGAGCGCGUUUUCGUGAGCGACACGAGAGAGUAAUAAAACAUUGCAAACAUGUCAACAGCUGAUGCAAAUGUAAACAAUAAGAGCGAACCGGACACGGUCAAAUGUGCUACACAAACUACCGCUAGUGAUGAUAGUAAAAUUCCCGACUGGCUUAAGGCUGAUUUAUUUGUGAAACUGCUGGAACAAAAUGUUCCCGACUUUAAGCAAAUCAAAAGUUUUUCCAUCGAGCCAACGCAAGAGGCGGGCGAUAACUAUAGCACGAUUAUGACCUCAGUGAAACUCGUAGUUGAGUUGAAAACUGGAAAUACGCAGCAGGUGUCUUAUAUGUUAAAACUGCCAAUAGAAUGGGUGCAGAACUCAUUGAAGGGUACCAAUGUGUUCGAUGUAGAGGCCAUGAUGUAUCGUACUGUCAUACCAGAGCUGGAGAAGCUCUAUAGUGAUGCGGGUGUUGAAGUGAAAUUCGGCGCAAAUUAUUAUGAACUCGAAACACCAUCCAAAUACGGUGUUAUUCUCAUGGAAGAUUUGCGACUGCUUCGCUGUAGAAAUGCUAAACGCUUAGAGGGUCUCGAUAAAGAACACACCGAAAGGGCAUUGAAAAAGUUAGCGCAAUGGCAUGCCGGUACCGCUACACGCGUAGCGCUCAAAGGUGAAUAUCACAAAGUGGUGAGCACUGGCAUUUUCACCGAAGAAUUCAUAGUAAUGAUGAAAGAUAUGAAUGAGCAAUCAACAAAAUUAUUCAACGAAUGUGUGAGCGCUUUUAACGGAUACGAAGUGUACAAAGAUGCUAUGGAACAAUGUCAGAAAAGACUGGCUGCCGACUUUGGGUCCAUGUUGCAUAGCGAUCCCAAUGGAUUUAAUGUACUAAAUCAUGGCGAUUUCUGGGUUAACAAUAUAAUGUUUCAAUAUGAUGCUGACGGCAAGAUCAAGGAAACUUAUUUCGUCGAUUUUCAAUGUUGCCGCUAUGGCACACCGGCGCAUGAUCUCUAUAAUUUGUUGAUAUCUUCAACAAGCUUGAAAGUCAAGCUGAAACAUUUCGAUUAUUUUGUAAAGUAUUAUCAUGAUCAUCUAGUGGAAAAUUUGAAGCUGUUGAAAUAUCCCAAGAAGCUGCCCACCUUGAAGGAUAUUCAUAUAGAGCUGUAUAAAAAUGGUGUUUUCGGUUUAUUCGCAACUCAUGGUCAUUUGGCCAUUGUGCUUCUCGAACCAAGUCCUGAUGCUACUCUUGAAAACCUAAUGGGCACUACGCCGGAAGGUGUGGAAUUCAAAAAGCGAAUGUUUCAGAGCAAACGAUAUCGAGAACACGCCGAAGUUAUCUUGCCAUGGCUUUAUUAUCGCGGUGCUUUUGAGUACAUUGCAAACAUGUCAACAGCUGAUGCAAAUGUAAACAAUAAGAGCGAACCGGACACGGGCAAAUGUGCUACACAAACUACCGCUAGUGAUGAUAGUAAAAUUCCCGACUGGCUUAAGGCUAAUUUAUUUGUGAAACUGCUGGAACAAAAUGUUCCCGACUUUAAGCAAAUCAAAAGUUUUUCCAUCGAGCCAACGCAAGAGGCGGGCGAUAACUAUAGCACGAUUAUGACCUCAGUGAAACUCGUAGUUGAGUUGAAAACUGGAAAUACGCAACAGGUGUCUUAUAUGUUAAAACUACCAAUAGAAUGGGUGCAGAACUUGUUGAAGGGUACCAAUGUGUUCGAUGUAGAGACCAUGAUGUAUCGUACUGUCAUACCAGAGCUGGAGAAGCUCUACAGUGAUGCGGGUGUUGAAGUGAAAUUCGGCGCAAAUUAUUAUGAACUCGAAACACCAUCCAAAUACGGUGUUAUUCUCAUGGAAGAUUUGCGACUGCUUGGCUGUAGAAAUGCUAAACGCUUAGAGGGUCUCGAUAAAGAACACACCGAAAGGGCAUUGAAAAAGUUAGCGCAAUGGCAUGCCGGCACCGCUACACGCGUAGCGCUCAAAGGUGAAUAUCACAAAGUGGUAAGCACUGGUAUUUUCACCGAAGAAUUCAUAGUAAUGAUGAAAGAUUUGAAUGAGCAAUCAACAAAAUUAUUCAACGAAUGUGUGAGCGCUUUUAACGGAUACGAAGUGUACAAAGAUGCUAUGGAACAAUGUCAGAAAAGAGUGGCUGCGGAAUUUGGGUCCAUGUUGCAUAGCGAUCCCAAUGAAUUUAAUGUACUAAAUCAUGGCGAUUUCUGGGUUAACAAUAUAAUGUUUCAAUAUGAUGCUGACGGCAAGAUCAAGGAAACAUAUUUCGUCGAUUUUCAAUGUUGCCGUUAUGGCACACCGGUGCAUGAUCUCUAUAAUUUGUUGAUAUCUUCAACAAGCUUGGAAGUCAAGCUGAAACAUUUCGAUUAUUUUGUAAAGUAUUAUCAUGAUCAUCUUGUGGAAAAUUUGAAGCUGUUGAAAUAUCCCAAGAAGCUGCCCACCUUGAAGGAUAUACAUAUAGCGCUUUAUAAAAAUGGUGUUUUCGGUUUAUUCGCUGCUCAUGGUCAUAUGGCCAUUGUGCUUCUCGAACCAAGUCCUGAUGCUACUCUUGAAAACCUAAUGGGCACUACGCCGGAAGGUGUGGAAUUCAAAAAGCGAAUGUUUCUGAGCAAACGAUAUCGAGAACACGCCGAAGUUGUCUUGCCAUGGCUUUAUUAUCGCGGUGCUUUUGAGUAA